AUGACAGAUACCUCCUCCCUCGCCAUCACGCACGCCACCACGGAUUACCCUCCGGUCCGCGCUACUCGCGCGUCUCCUGAAGUCACAGACGGGGCCUCUGACUCCGCCGCAGCCGAAGAAGAUUAUACCAUCAAAUGCGUCUGCCGCUUCGAAGAUGAUGAUGGUCACACAGUCUUUUGCGAAAGGUGUGACACCUGGCAACACAUCAUCUGUUACUAUGAAAGUAAGGAGGAUGUGCCGGAUGUCCACAAUUGUGUGGACUGCGAGCCUCGAUACGUGGACCGGCGUCGUGCUGUCCACAAGCAAUCAGAGAAGAGGCUCGAAGAGAAACGCCGUAGCGUGGACCCUGAGAGGAAACCAAGACGACCGGGCAACAAAGCCAACAAAAGGAAGUCUAAGGAUACCGAUGCACACGAACCCAACCUAAAACGACAUGACUCGACUGCUCGUGACCAGCCACCAGCCAAAAAGCCAAAGGCAUCCCACCGUUCAUCUACCUCGACCAGUGGUCUUGCGAGUGCUCCAGCUCAGUCGCGAAACCGGCGACCCUCCACUGCAGUCCCAGUCAGCCCCACGACCUCUGACUCUCGUGUUCCCCUUUAUUCAAACGAAUUCCUCCAUCUUUACGACCGGGAUCAUACUUUUGUUGAGAAGGACAGCAACCUGCUUCCUGGUGUAUCUUUUGUCGAUGAAAUUAUCUCUUGGUUGAGGGACCCGGAAAUCUUGGCACGUGUUACCGAAGGGUUGAGUUCUGAAGACUUUGCUCAACAUUGUGAAGCGGCCUUCGAUUCUCCCUGGCCCACCUUGAGGACACACACCUAUACAGACUCCUCCGUUGAUAUUGAUGGCAAACACCCAACCUUCAAAAUCCUGAAAACUGACGAUCCAAUACGAGAGGGUCAAAUCGUUGGAGAGAUCUUUGGCGAGGUCGGCCAUAUCGAUCAUUACAAGGCCAACCCCAGCAAUCGCUGGAAGACGCUACAGCACCCAGAGCCAUUUGUCUACUUUUCUUCGCAAUUGCCUCUGUAUAUUGACAGUCGCCAAGAAGGCAAUCAGCUCCGUUACAUAAGGCGUUCUUGCAAUUCCAAUGUUUCGCUGAAGAUCUACAUCACGAACAGCCGGGAAUAUCACUUCUGUUUCGUUGCUAGGCGAGACAUUCCUGCUAAUUCGGAAAUCACUGUGAUGUGGUACCUGGACCCAGCUUUGAUCAAGGAUAAAAAGGCAUCCAAGCCAAAGUACAAGCCAGGGCUUGAGGAUAACACCGUUGAGGAAGACCUUCCGGCGCUUUGCUUCAGCAACAUUCUUGCGGACUUCGGCGGCUGUCCAUGUGGGCGCAAUCAAAAUUGCUCACUUGCAAACCUCGAUCGUCGGUCGGACGCCGCUAGCAACAAAGCAACAAAGACCAAAGGCAAGGCAAAGGCAAAGUCUAAAUCAGUGGCUUCACCAAUGGACCCAGGUCGUGCAUCUACUAGUCGUGCUGGCAGUGAGAGUACCAAGCAUGUCGAAGACGACGAUGCCAUGACCGAUGUUCGCUCGACCUCUGGUUCUGUGCGAGACAGAGUUACGCACAGUCGCGAUGUCAGUCCGACGGAUAAACAGACUUUGCCGGGACUUUCCAGUCGGGAGAGACGCAAGAUCGCUGAUGCCGAAAUGCAGUUUCGACGGCUUGAAAAGGGAGCUCCAACUACCAAGGGAGCUGUCGGUACUAAACGGAAAAAGCGCGUCAGUGGCCCCUCAGCACAGCCCACCGCAACUUCGCGCUCAACCCAGACUGGGGAGCCUGGGGCCAAACAGAAACCCCAGCCGCACUCGCCCACUGCCAAUUCCCCAAGAAGCGUGGCAACCGACCAACAUGCCCCGUCGCGAAAGUCAGCGGCCAGAACAGUUUUACCCACAUCUGAAACAAUUGACCGAUACAAGCCUUCUCCUUACCGGCGUGUUGGCCCUUAUGUUGACGCUUCAACUCAGCUGUAUGAAAACGAUGUUGAAACCGAGUUCUGGCACCUAGAGCAUCUCAGACGCGGAUACAGAGUUGGUAUCCUACCUGAUAGCAAGAUGUACUUGGCCCGGUUCGUCGCGGGAAGCAAAAUGCAAGGAGACCGCGAACAACAGGAGAAGUACACUGGUGAUAGCAGUCUCAUCCCGUCUGGAGUCAUCCCUUGGUGGUGCAAUUAUUUUCCUUUUCCUUUGGACGACAGAACUGAAUAUGAUUUACUCCCGGAGGAUGCUCGACUGAUGGGAAUACCACUUGACCACGGGCCCCUGAAGUUGCCUUUGCGGUGGUCUUUCUGGCAACGCAAGGAGCCAAGGAGGCCAACGAAGUUUGCUGGGUCAUCGGCGCAAGGUGAUAUCACGAUGCAGGAAGCUUCGUUGCACAAUGAGCUUAGCAAUCCCCUCGUUCCUCCGCCUUGGCCAUCCGCUGCCGCCCACACCAUCAAGGUUCUCGGGGCAGACAACCACGGCAGUCCGCGUUUGUCGAUGCCACCACCAAGUGCCUCGAACAUCCAAUCGCCAUCCAGUCCUCGGCCAAUUUCGGCAGGGAGUUACACAACGACCGCCAAUCGUGAUACAGCUUCAUCGCAUCCUCCCGUGCCAACGCCUGUAUCCGCACCAAUCGCCACUCCCGCCAAGAAGAAACUGAGUCUUGGUGAUUAUCUGAUGCGACGUGAGACAAUGGCAAACACCCCGGCCUCGGACAGCCCCCAGGCCCCUGAGAGGGCCCCGAAUUCAACUCCUGUCUGGGUGACCACAACUGAGCACUAUCUUGCAAUUACCAAAUUGCCGGAUGAUUGGAGUGAGCCACGCCCCAGGCCCCUCACCCCGGAUGCCCGUGGUGACAAGAACGAGCCUUCUGACUCUCAAGAAGUUAUUAUGGAGGAUGCGCCUGAAUCAGCACCCACCAGCACGGAACCAGCACCUACCAAUCCCCCUUCCAUCUCUUCAUAA